GAACAAUUACUUGUUCUAAUUAGAAUUAGAUAUUUUCACCUUUUUUUUUUCUAUUUUAUCUAAAACAAUGCCUCUAUAUCUAGCUAGCUUCAUCAUAGGUUCAGUUUUCUCAACAACAAAUCAACCCUCAAAUUCACUUCAUCACUUCUUUCCUCUUCACUAAAAUCUACAUAUCUUUGUUAUUUUAGCCAAACUACUUAUUAUUUCUUGAAGUUGUUUAAUCAUGGAUAUGGUGAUGGAGUUGAGAACAAAAAACUCAGUAGUGAUUUUCACCAAGAGUAGUUGUUGCAUUUCUCACAGCAUUGUAACCCUAAUUCGUAGUUUUGGAGCAAACCCUAUAAUUUACGAGCUCGAUACACAUCCAAAUGGGAAGCAAAUGGAGAAGGCAUUGAUGGAACUAGGAUGUCAACCAAGUGUUCCAACAGUAUUUAUAGGGAAAGAGUUAGUUGGUGGUGCUAAUGAGAUAAUGAGCCUUAAUCUGAGGGGCAAGCUUAAACAAUUAUUGGGCUAAUGUCAUUUUUUUUAUAAUAAAUUUACAACUUAUAUGUAUAGUCUUUUAUUAGCUUCUUCGGAUGGUUGUUUUUUUUCCCCUAAUAUAUUUGAUAGUGUUGUUGAUGUUAAAAACAAAUAAUCGUAUCUUAUAUACAAUAUAAUAAUAUGCGGUGAUGAUAUGAUUUUUAAUGUU